CAGGACACAACAGCUGUGUAUUGAAUGUCAGAAAGAGGUGUAUAGAUUAUAUUAUCUGGUCUAUCUGUGUUAUAUCUAGAAGAGGAUCUUCACCCGCUGGCCUUAUCAAAACCAGAUUCAUCAAACCCAGAUUCAGUCGAGCAACAUAACAUGUCCAGCAUCCUCUCCUUCCUCUGCGCCCAAACCAUCGGCCGCGUCCUCCCCAUCAACGUGGACCGCCUCCCGAUCGUGGGCCGACGACUCCCAGCACUCGACGGCGUGGGGGAGCAGGACGACUCCGCCUGCUCGUGCCCCGUGAACCCCCCUCUCCCGACAACGGAACGGACGGUCUUCAGCCCCGGAGGAUGCCGUGUCUAUGGGUACCCCUCCACCGGUGGCGUCCUCAUUAAAAACGCUGACCUGGUUGACCUGCUUUUCCUCUCGCUCCCGCGCUUUCAGGCCGUGCAGCGCGCAUCCUGUGUCGAUGAGGAGGACAGGUUCUGUAAGCUCUUGCGCCGGACUGGGGCGACGUGGUGGUCGAGUAGGGAGGAUGAGCUUGAGGCGGUUCUAGGGGUGAGAGAGAUGACGGAGGAAGAGAAGAAAGUGCUGGUGUUUGGGUGGCCGGCGGAUGGUGUAGGCGUAUGGGUAUUGAGGUUUGCGAAUGCCAAUGAAAUGCCAAGGGAUUUUAUGAGAAUCAGUUUCGCGAUGAAUAUGGAGGAGAGGAUCCUGAUCAUGAGAGAGUAUGGCGCUACUUUUGUGGAGGAUAUCUCGCGGGUGGAGGAGUUUCGUGAUACGCUUUGAGGGCUGAGUACUAGAGUACCCUAGUCUUGGGAUGGGUACCAA